GUUAAUUCCAAAAUCCUUAGGCCUAUUUUUAAUUAAUAUUUACUUGUGUUUCGGACAGUAGCCAUCAUGGCAAAGUUUGAUGGCCUGAGCUUAUCAAUCACUGUUUUCACUGGGGCUAAAUCAUCACAUUUCCUCACCAUAAAACAGGAAUCAAAUUUUAAUAAUGAAUAAUGGCAAAGUCAAUGGAUAGUUACAGUAGAAUAGCCAGUGUCUUUGACAUGAGCCAGGCGUUUCAUGAAAAAAGUAAACAAGAAUUGUCAAGAUUGAAAACUAAAGUUGCUGAGAGUUUGAAAGAUGACAUACAAAGACUGCUGUCUGAUGAUAUGCAUUCAGACCUGGAGAUAACCAAUGGCACUGAUGUUAUAUAUACACAUAAGUGUAUACUAAAAACCAGAUCCAAACACCUUUGGAAGGAUUCAUGGGUCACCCAGUCAGUAAAAGAGGAUGGCAGAGAAGUGAGUUGUAUACAGGUGUUUGGCCUCAAUAAAAAGCAGAUGUCCGACUUUGUCAGACAAAUGUACACAGUGAAUGAUUCCAUCUGGGUUCUUCAGGAGCAUCUUCAUCAUUUUCCUGGUCAGGUCCAGGCUGGAGCUAAAGUAAACAGAAAUGUCCCAGUCACAGAUGUACAGGAUGGACAGGUCAUAGCUAGGCCAGAGGGGGAGGUUAUGGUUAAACAAGCUAUUGAGGUCAUGGCCACACAAGCUAAUGAGGUCAUGGCCACACAUACUAAUGAGGUCAUGGUCACAGAUGCUAAUGAGGUCAUGGUCACAGAUGCUAAUGAGGUCAUGGCCACACAAGCUAAGGAGGUCAUAGCGGCACAAGCUAAUGAGGUCACAGCCACACAUGCUAAGGGGGCCAUUCUUACACAAGAUAGUCAGGCCAUGGCCAAACAAGAAAGUCAGGUCAUGGCCACCCAUGCUACUGAGGUUACGGCCACACAAGGAAGUCAGGUCAUGGCCACACAUCCUAACGUUACAGCUACACCCAACUGUUGUGUCAUAGAUCCGCAACCCAUCCAGGUCAGCCCAGAACAGCCUGUAUUAAACACUGGCUCACAGUUAUGUGGCAGUGCACAAAUCUCAAACUGUAGCCAGAUAAAUGUUUCAUCAGUUAUGGAAGUGGACACAUGUAAUGAUGGUGUACAAAAAGUUGAACAAGUAGCAGAACAAGGUAAGGUAGGAACAAAAGUUGCAGAACAAAAAGAUAUGCAAGUAGUAGAUAAAGUGGCUGAGGAAAUAGCUCAAGUAGUGAGUAAAGUUGUCACUGGAGAGGAAAAUUUAAACUUCAUGUCACAAAAUGGGGAGUUGUCUCUUGAUCAUUCUUGUGGACACUUGACCAGAGCAUUAGAAGGACAGUCUGUUGAAGUUUCUGAAUGUUUUCUGAAUCAGAUGGUGAAGACUGAAAUUGUGAAUGGAAAAUCUUCAGACAAUUUUGGCACUGUGAUAGAAGAUGGAGCUGGUAAUGUUGGUUCUGAAAUGUUUUCUUCAGUGAAAGAAUGUGAGGUUGACAGUGAGAUUUCAGAAAAAAUGCCCAUUGUGAUGAACAUGGGAUCUGAAAAUUUGCCCAGCAUGGUAGACAGGGUUUCAGAAAAUAUGCCCUGUGUGGCAGAUAUGGGAUUAGGAAAUGUGCCCAGUGGGGCAGAUUUAGCUCUAGAAAAUAAGCCCAGUGUGAAAAACAUGGCAUCAGAAAAUAUGCCCAGUGUGGCAGAUAUGGCAUUAGGAAAUGUGCCCAUUGUGGCAGAUAUGGCACCAGAAAAUAUGCCCAGUGUGGCAGAUAUGGCACCAGAAAAUAUGCCCAGUGUGGCAGAUAUGGCACCAGAAAAUAUGCCCAGUGUGACCAACAAGGCACCAGAAACUGCACCCAGUGUAUCAGACAAUGCAUGUGAGACAACCCCAGAGACCUUGCCCUAUGAAACAUGCAGCCCUCUAGGGGAGGACCUCCUCCAGCUCUACCUGCAGGAACUCAACUGUGACUGCUGCCUGGCCGUGGAUGGCAUCAGGUUCCUGGUCCACAAGGCCAUCCUGUCAGCUCGCAGUGAGUACUUCGACGCCAUGCUGGGCGGCCAGUGGUGUGAGAGCAGCAUGGAGGUCAUCAACCUGGAGGGCGUGACAGCUGAAGCCGUGGAACAGCUGCUGCUGUUCCUGUAUGGUGGCGUCACCGAGCUGGUCACCCCGUGUGACCUCAUGGACCUGUACGUGGUGGCUGACAUGUACAACAUAGACAGUUUGAAAAGUGUUCUAGCUUUUUACCUCAGAAAAGAUCUCUGCCAUUUUUUCCAUAAGCCUUGCCACCUGUGUAUGAAUAAAGCCGCCGAAGCUUUGAAUUUAUGCUACAGUUUUAAUUUAGAAGAUCUACAACCCUGGGUCAUUAAAUGGAUCGGGAAACAUUUCAACAAAAUCUGGCCGACGAAAUCGUUCGCGCUGAUGCCGGAUAAAAUUCACCAGCUGAGUCUUGAAGGCAUCAAGGAGCAGAUGACAGUGAAGAAUGUGCUGGACAUUAUCAUGGAGUGUAACAAGCUGAGCACCAGCCUGCCUAGGAUCAAGUGGACGGAGAGCGUCCUGUACCUGCUGACCCAGUUAAUGGACACCGCCAUUGAGUUCACCUCCACUCAUUUUGUCCAGGUCAUUGCGACCCAAGAAUUUUUACAGUGGGCAAAAGUGGCGUCGUGGAAGGCCAGUGUUCUAGAAGAAAUUUUCAGCUCUGUGAUCGACUCCCUCCCCGUUGACGCAGCCUGCCACAUUUUUCAGAGCCUGCUGAACUUGGAACAGUUCCACUCAGAUUCUGACAACAAAGACAGCGAUGUGGUAGGCCUGCUGCAGGCUAUGAUAAAGCAAUGUGAAACUUUCUUCAGGACCCACAUACAUCAGGUCAUGAGACGUAAAGAAUGGGCUGAGCUACCCAAGCCUGUCCAGGCCAGGAUCCUGGAGCACUCUGCUUACUUCUGUCUGGGGGAGGUAACCCAGGCAAAGUCUAAAGUUCAAGCUAAACAGCGGCCCCUGUCGUCUGCCCCUGGUAAGACACAGACUAAAAGCCCUGGUAGCAUCAAGCGGGCUGCCACACUACCACGAUGCCAGAAGGUCACUAAAGCUGGGUCGGAAGAAAAACAAACCAAAAAAUCACAGACUUCAAGCGGUCAGGCAUCCAAAAAUUUGUUGAAAUUUGUCAGCGGUAAAAAAAAUAGUUCACAAAAUGACACAAGAAGUUUGAAACAAGAGCUAAGAAGUUCACAAAAUGAUGCAAGGAGUUCACAAAAUGAUGCAAUGAGUUCACAAAAUGAUGCAAGGAGUUCACAAAAUGAUGCAAAAAGUUCACAAAAUGAUGCAAGGAGUUCACAAAAUGAUGCAAUGAGUUCACAAAAUGAUGCAAGGAGUUCACAAAAUGAUGCAAGGAGUUCACAAAAUGAGGCGGGAAGUGCAAUAGAAACUGUAACAUUACCUGUCAACAUUGGCAGUCAGUCAUCACUUGACGACUCCACAGCCACUGGGUCCUGUACUCUGUCGACCAGUGAGGACACCAAGCCAGAGUAUCAGCCUACACCGGAUGAGCCUGACGACCCUGCAAGUCUCGGAGCUACCGGUGGGGCUAACUCACACAUCAUGGUACGGCUAUCCUCGUCCCCUGGGUCACACAAGCAAAGGCUGUCCACAUCACCUGGACAACGAGAGUCCAGGAUACCUCUGCCCACAAGGUCUCCAAAAGUAAAGAGAUACAGCUCUUUGAUUACUGAAUCUAGAGAACUCAGAUGCUCUGUGGAACCUGACAAUGCCAGUCUUACACUGGACAAUGCCCAGUCUGGUGAUGGAUCCAACAGACUGGACAGACAAAACAACGUUGAUGGUCAGUUUUUGUCCCAGAGGUCACUCAGUAUGGACCACAGCCAUCAUGUUCCAGUGUAUUCCACGCAGAGAUCAGAACCAGCUGAGUACAACUACCCACUGGUCACCAACUCUCUAACAGAUGGCGCUGCAACUCCUGAUUUCUCAGACGUUCUGGUUCAGCAGCUGGUCAAGAUGGUGAAAAUGAGCAAGCCAUUUACUGUUGGCUUUUAUGUUCCACCUGAAUAAUUUCAUAAUGCUAUACUUUUUUUAAAAACAUGUUGGUGUGCAGCAAUAUUUUUGUUAAUAGUUUUACAUUUUUUAAAUUUGAAGGUUACAAUUAUUGGACAAUAAUCACAGUGUAAAUUAUUUACUUGUAUAAUGGAAUCCAUGACAGUUUAUUUUGUACAGAGUACUGUAGGACAAUACUUUGGGCUCUUGUGGUAUCAGAGUAUGGUCACUUGAGUAGACUUGGUCAUUUUGAGCUUUUGACUGGGAACUGUUGACUUGGUCAUUUUGAACUUUUGGAUCACUUCAGCUAAUAUAUGAACUACAUGCUGUGGAAUUAUUUCUAUCUAGAUAACAUGGUUGUGGAUAUACUCCACUUAGAGAACAGGGUUUUGUUGGUACAUUUACAUCUAAACAAGGUCUGUGGAUACACUGCUGUUAAAUGCUCUCUAAAUAAGGGAUUUGGGUACACUCUUUUU